AGCAAUUGGCAGCAUCAGCAGAGACAGCGUGAGCCACCAAAGCGCAGAGGUUAGCAGAUGUGGGGCAGGUCAUCCCUGGACUGCCGUCAUCCCGGCUGCGGGGUUUCCUAAUCCGAAAUCAUGAAUGAGUCCAGGUUGACUGCACCAAAGACUUACAACACGAGCUUUGGGAACGUCUCGGAGCAUCACUCCUGCCCGCUUGGAUUUGGCCACUACAACGCAGAGGACGUGUGCAUCCUGGACGUCGUUAUUGUCCUGCUGACGUGUCUAAUCAUCGCCGGGAAUUUAACCGUUAUUUUUGUCUUUCACUGUGCUCCACUUCUGCAUCAUUAUACCACCAGCUAUUUCAUCCAGACCAUGGCCUACGCUGAUCUCUUCGUGGGAGUGAGCUGCUUAGUUCCUACUCUCUCCUUGCUUCAUUAUUCCACAGGUGUCCACGAGUCGCUGACUUGCCAGGUUUUCGGAUACAUCAUCUCAGUGCUGAAGAGUGUUUCCAUGGCUUGUCUCGCUUGCAUCAGUGUGGAUCGCUACCUUGCCAUCACCAAACCCCUUUCCUACAACCAGCUGGUCACUCCUUGUCGCUUGAGAAUCUGCAUUAUUCUGAUCUGGAUCUACUCCUGCCUGAUUUUCUUGCCUUCUUUUUUCGGCUGGGGGAAACCUGGUUACCACGGUGACAUUUUUGAAUGGUGUGCUACCUCUUGGCUCACCAAUGCCUAUUUUACUGGCUUUAUUGUUUGUUUACUUUAUGCCCCUGCUGCCUUUGUCAUCUGCUUCACUUACUUCCACAUCUUCAAAAUCUGUCGGCAGCACACCAAAGAGAUCAGCGACCGAAGGGCCCGAUUCCCUAGCCAUGAAGUCGAUGCUGCCGGAGAGACUGGACACAGCCCUGACAGACGCUACGCCAUGGUUUUGUUUCGGAUAACCAGCGUGUUCUACGUGCUCUGGCUCCCCUACAUCAUAUACUUUCUUCUGGAGAGCUCCCGAGUCCUGGAUAAUCCCGCGCUCUCCUUCCUAACAACCUGGCUUGCUAUAAGCAAUAGUUUCUGUAACUGUGUAAUAUAUAGCCUCUCCAAUAGUGUUUUUAGGUUGGGCCUCCGAAGAUUAUCACAGACAAUAUGCUCCUCUUGUAUGUGUUUAAAAGACCGGGACAUCCAGGACCCCAAGCCCAGAAAACGGGCUAAUUCCUGCUCCAUCUAAGGAAAACUGCACAGCUGAUCAAGUACAGUCUGAGAGUGGCUUGGAAUAGUAUUUGGUACAUCUGGGGAUUUUCCAUGACAGAAAUAUUUACUUGAAUAGUUCACUAUGAAAUGACAUGUAAGCUAAAAGUGAUUUUUUUUAAAUGGAAAAGAAAAUGAUGGAAAAGGAACCUAGAAAGGGAACACAUGUGAGACAUUAUUUAUCAUGUGAAUAUGGUUCCUUUGAAUUUGUAUGGUGGUAAGAGAAAUUUAUCAGUGAAAAUUAAAAAACAACAACAACAACAAAUUAGUAUCUCAAAUCUUCCACAGGGCAUAACAUAACUAGCACAUCAAAGCAGAUUCCUCCUGUGUAUCUUUCUCCCUCUUUUUAGGAAGUGAUUUCUUUUUCUUAUUUUCUCCUGUAGACGAAUGCUGCAUAUUAUAUAUGUAGCAUGUGAUAACCUUUUCCAUUAAAAUAUGCUUUUAAAAUGCAGUAGGCUACUAUCCACAAACGAUCUCCAGAAAGCCUACACAGUAAAUAUAGCUUAAUAACUAGCCACAUAACCCCCUUGCAUAUGUUUUUACAGUAUUCAUUGCUGCACAAAUGGUCAUUGAAAAACAAAAUUAAAAUCAUUAUUUUUUUUAAAAGGUAGAAGCUUUUUUUCCUGUUUAUCAAAAUCUGCUAGUCUCUAACCUCUUCUAAGUCUUCUUCCCAGCUCUCCCAUUUUUCCUGCCCUAAAUCUUUUGGUUCCUUAUUCCAGAAGUGUCUUAGUUUUAACGAGGGAACUUACUGUUCAAGGUAAUUACGAUGUUACUAACCUCUUCCUUCCAAAAAAGCAACCUAGUUGGGAGUGAGGGGGAACGAUAUUCAUUCAACAUGUUCUAAUAGCUUUUAGAAACAUUCCCCUCCUCCCCUGUCCUAUUAAUAAGUUCCUGUGCCUAAUAUGUUUUUUUAAUAGCUAAGCCUUCUUUUCCCCCACCCUCCUUUUUACUAACAAGAUUAUUCUAAUGCAGAUACAAGAGAUGCACUUAGUAGUGAGAUAUUACUCAGUGCUAGUUUGAAUUUUUUUCUUUUUCAAGUAAAAUAUUAACCCUUUUAUGUUGGGUCUGCUACUUAAAAUAGCAUACUAUUGUAGUUGCAAGUCCUUUGUGUGAAUCCUGCUUGCAUAUACUGUAUUUUUUAAAACAACAAAAAAAUGUAAAUUAUAUUAUGUGGUCUGUGCCUAAUGUUUUCGUAGCACAUCGAAUAGGUCAAUGCUGUUUUCAAUCUGCAGGAUUGAAGCAAAUACACAAAAAACAAAAACUUGCUUUUAAGAGAAAAAUACUUUUUGUGCCGUUGUUAAGUAGAUAUUUAUUAGAUAAAACUGUGUUCUUGGAGGAGGUGAGAAGACAAUUUACUUAAUUAUCAAAUACAGGUAAGAGCUUCAGUAUUUCCCUUUGUAAUGAUCUGCUUUCAGAUUCAGAGAUGAACUAAUUUUGUAAGUGCAUUACAUGGGUUUGUGUAAUAAGUUACCAGGGGUUCAGAUGCAGCAUGUUUGGGGA